UUAGCCGUUCUUGUCAAGUUCUUGUUCUUUCAUGAAAAUUUUCGAAGCGAAUCAGCGAAAGUGAAAUAAAAAGUACAUAAAAGUUUUACAAUUAUCGUGUCUUGGUGCUUCACGAUCUUGUGUUUGUGUAGCCCAAAACGGAAAUAAUAUGGCGUUAUACUGUGCAAUAUCGAAUGAGGUACCCGAGUUGCCGGUGGUGUCUCCGUCGUCGGGCUCCGUGUUCGAGAAGCGCAUCAUCGAGAAGUACAUCAUAGAAAAUGGCGUCGAUCCCAUCAGUGGCAAGGAACUGCGAGUUGAAGAUCUUAUUGAAAUCAAAACCCCUCCGAUUGUCAAGCCAAAGCCUCCAAGCGCCACAUCGAUCCCAGCAACACUGAAAAGCAUGCAAGACGAGUGGGAUGCCCUCAUGCUGCACGCCUUCACACAGCGCCAGCAGCUACAGACGGCUAGACAGGAGCUGUCUCAUGCUCUAUACCAGCACGAUGCGGCGUGUCGCGUGAUAGCGCGCUUAACCAAGGAGGUCACGGCGGCUCGUGAAGCCCUCGCCACGCUCAAGCCGCAGGCCGGCAUAACUCAGCAGCCUCAACACCCGGCGGAGGUCUCCGCAGGCGGGGGCGGCGGCGCCACGGCCGUGGGCAUGUCGGCGGAGGUGGUGGGGCGCCUGCAGGAGCGCGCCACGGCGCUCACGCAGGAGCGCAAGCGCCGCGGCCGCACCGUGCCCGAGGGGCUCGCGGGGCCCGACCAGAUCCGGGCCUUCCUCACCGUGGCCAGCCAUCCUGGUCUCCACUCAGCCAGUGUACCCGGAAUCCUGGCCCUCGAUAUCAACCCGACGGACCACAGCCGCAUCCUGACGGGUGGAAACGAUCGCAACGCCACCGUCUUCAACAAGGAUACCGAGCAGGUGGUCGCCAUCCUCAAGGGUCACACCAAGAAGGUCACUCGGGUCAUUUACCAUCCCGACGAAGACACCGUUAUCACGGCCUCGCCUGAUCACACUAUCCGUGUAUGGAAUGUGCCGACAUCUCAGACAACGGUGAUCCUGCGCUCUCACGACGGCCCCGUGACCGGGCUCUCGCUCCAUCCCACCGGCGACUACGUGCUGUCCACCUCCACCGACCAGCACUGGGCCUUCUCCGACAUACGCACCGGCGCCUUGCUCACCAAGGUGGGCGACUCAUCGGGCGUCAGCCUAACCACAGCCCAGUUCCAUCCGGACGGCCUCAUCUUCGGCACCGGCACAGAGAACUCGCAAGUCAAGAUCUGGGACCUGAAGGAGCAGAGCAACGUGGCCAACUUCCCCGGACACGUCGGCCCGGUCACCUCCAUCUCCUUCUCCGAGAACGGCUACUACUUGGCCACCGCCGCCGAAGACGCCUGCGUCAAGCUCUGGGAUCUGCGGAAGCUGAAGAACUUCAAGACUAUACAGCUGGACGAGGGUUACGCCAUUAAGGAGCUGUGCUUCGAUCAGAGCGGGACGUACCUGGCGGUGGCGGGGUCGGACGUGCGCGUGUACCUGUGCCGGCAGUGGCAGGAGCUGAAGGUGCUGAACGAGCACACGGCGGCGGCCACGGGCGUGCGCUUCGGGCGCCACGCGCAGUGCCUCGCCUCCACUAGUAUGGAUCGUACGCUUAAGUUGUAUGGUAUUGAGUAACUUUAUUGUGGUCUUUAGUCCCUAUUGUUUAACCUUUUCGACGCCGUGUCGAACACAAAAGCUGUCAUCCCGUAGACAUAGUAUAGUAGUUAUAGACAUGAAACCGAGCGACCGGGGGUAAGAGAAAGACAUAUUCAUGUUAUUAUUAUUAUUAAGCCAUUUCGUUUCCCAUCUCAGGUUAUUUGCUUUACUGUUUAUUUGUUUCAUUAUCAUUUUUUUGGAUAGGAACCCCUGUCUGGGUAUAGGCCUCCUCCAGUUUUAUCCAGUUUUCUCUGUCUUUUGCUUGGUUUAUCCACUCUUUUCCAGCUGUAUAUAUUCAUGUAUUGACAAGUUAAUGUAUGGCAGCAUAAUCCUUAUUCUCUUUCACUCUUAAAUAUUACGGUAUUUCGCCAUCGCCUCCUGCCUAUGCUGCCAUAACCCGACCGUGAAAAAAAACCCGGUCGGUGAUAGGGACAAAGCGUGGCACUAUUUUCUCUUUCCUCUUAUAGGAAUCGCAAUAAGACUAUCUUUCUCUAUCAAAGAGUGUCAGGCGCUUGUGUCAUCCCGACGCCGCGUCACCGAAGUGUCAAAACUGAAAUUGAACUUUAUGUAUAUACAUGUAGGUCUAUGUCGCUCUGUGGUUUCUGUGUGACUGAUUAAUCGGUCUUUGGCGUUGAACCUACGGUGCGUAUAUAUCGGUCAUUGGCGUCCAAAAGGUUAACAUUGAAAAUGACAGUUGGCGCUAAUUUUUUAUAUAGGAUAGUCGCAAGGAAUUAUUGGAAAUAGAUAAAUUUACCCAGUUACGAUAUGGUCGCUUUCGUAA